AUGGGCGGGAAGCAGUCUCGCAGUUUGUCCAACAAGGAGCUGAAUCAGGUGAGUGUGAAUGAAAGGAGGAAGAGUGCUCUGAGAGACGACCAGCCCAGCCUGUCCUCAGCUGCUGAGAGGAUCCGCAGACACACCACAGUGCACUUUGGUUACUGUACCCUGAGUCUAGCCAUGCGUGGGCUCGAUGAGACUCCCGCUGAGCUGUGGGAACUCAGAGAACUUCAGAAGCUAAACUUGUCCAUGAACUGCCUGUGCUCUCUGCCCCCUGCCUUGGGUGCUCUGGACAAUCUGGUGAUCCUCAACCUGUGGGACAACAAUCUAUCCAGCCUCCCACCUGAGAUCGGCCUCCUAAAGAAGCUGCGUGUGCUCUUUGCUUGUCGUAACUGCCUGACUGAGGUGCCUGCGGAGCUGGGCUCUUGCACCCGUCUAGAGGUGCUCAGCCUGGCCAAUAACCAAAUCACAGGGCUCCCAGGCAGCUUGGCAGCCAUGCACAAUCUAACCAAACUCAACCUGAGCCACAACCUCAUUGUUCACAUCCCCACUUGUGUCUACAGCAUGAAGAGUCUGGUCUUCCUCCACCUGGCCUGCAACCGCCUGGAGACAAUUGCAGACCAGAUCCAGGAUUUGGUUAACCUGAAGAUCCUCAUCGUGGAGGGAAACAGCAUCCACACCCUGCCAAAGACUUUAUGUUUUCUUGAGUCUUUAGAACUCCUGAAUGUUGACUUCAAUGAGCUGCAGAGUGUGCCAGUGGAAAUGUACCUUCUAAGCAGGCUCAGGAGGUUGGCAUGUCACCCGCUGGAUAAAGGACUUCAUAUUAUCCACAACCCCCUCCUCAAGCCUAUUCAGGAGGUGCUGCAAGGAGGACUCGGUGCCCUCUACAGCUACCUCAAACCCACAUGA